UGAUGAUGACUAUGAGUUACCGGAUGCUGAUAUUCUCUCUAAUUUUAACAAUAAUGAAUCAGAGCCUCAACAUAAGUUCUUUUUUGACCAGAUAGAAGAACCUCCACAGGAGUUAGAGAUUGGAAGCUUGUAG